CCCAUGUGGGUGCAGGGCCCAAGGACUUGGGCCAUUCUCCACUGCCUUCCCGGGCCACAGCAGAGAGCUGGACUGGAAGAGAAGCAAGCAGGACAGAAUCCGGUGCCCCGACUGGGACUAGAACCAGGGGUGCUGGCGCCGCAGGUGGAGGAUUAGCCUAUUGAGCCACGGCGCUGGCCUAUCUUUAUUUUUCAAUAACAUUGUUUUACCUUAUUGAUGUGACAGUUUAGAGAUAGGAGAGAGAUCCUGUCAAGAGGGAAAUCUACAAAUUUUCAUCUCUUUUGCACAUUCUUUUCUAGUGGAUAUGAUGUUUGCAGUGGUUGGUAUGUAGCACUGGCAGAGGAAACUGGAGACUUGGUUUCUAAUCCCUACUCUAUCACUAACGAGCUGUGUGAAGCUUAGGUGAAAAUGACACAUGUAAGAAGAUAUGAAACAAGAAAAAAUUCUAAAACUCAAGUGCCUGAGCAAAAAUCUCGACUUGAUUGGCGACGGACUAAAAGAAGUAAUAUAUCACUGUUACUUGAUAGUGAUGAAGAUCUUGAUGGCGAUGAAGAGCUUGGUAGUGAUGAAGAGGUUGAUAGUGAUGAAAGUGUUGAUAGUGAUGAAGAGCUUGGUAGUAACAAGGGGCUUGAUAGUAACAAAGCAUUUGAAAGUAAGCCUCAAUUAGUUAAAAAUGAAAGAGAUGACAGUGAACAUCUCACUAACCCUGGCAACUGUUCAACAUGUGAAGAAGUGAACAGAACCGAACAUAGGAGUAUUGACUUAAUAGAUUGUGAAAAGCAUCCAAAUCAAGAAGGAGAUGAUCUCAACAAACACGCUGGACAAAUAAUAGAGGAUGAUUUGGAAGAAGAACAAAUCAAACGAGGGAAAAGAAAAAGGAUAUUUUCUGUGAUGUAUGACAGUGAUGACAGUGAAGAUAGUGAUAUCCUAGUUAGAAAAGUAGAUGUUAAACGCCCACCUAGAAUAGUUGAAGAUGAAUGUUCUUCAGGAGAAAUGGAGCAAGAAAACCCUGAAAAAAGAUCAGCUGCUCAAAAACGAGAACAAUUUCAGAAGUUGAAAGAACUCUCAAAACGAAGAGCUCGACAGAGAAGCAGUAGUGGUAGAGAUUUUGAGGACUCAGAAAAGGAAUCCUGCUCAAGCAGUGAUAAUGAUAAUGAUGAGGAAGACAAUUAUGAAUAUAAUGAAGAUGGAGAUGAUUACAUUCUUGAUGACUUCAUAGUGCAAGAUGAGGAGAGUGGGGAUGAGAAUGAAAACCAGCCAAGAAAAAAAUUGACUACAUCACCACUGAAAUUAGUCGAACGGAAUUCUCUUUAUUCUUUUAGUGACCCCUAUAGUCACUUUGAAAGAGUUGUGAAGGCUCUUCUGAUCAAUGCUUUAGAUGAAUCUUUUCUGAAAACAUUGUAUGAUGGCACCAGGCAAAAAUCAUAUGCAAGAGAUAUGUUGACCUCUCUUCAUUAUUUGGAUAACCACUUUGUUCAGCCUCGUCUGGAGAAUUUAUAUUCUAGAAGUCGUUGGAAACAACAAUAUAAGGAGCGGGUAGAAAAUUACUCCUUUGUAGAUAUCCUUGCAGAGAAUCCUGAGGAUCGUUUCUGUCAGGCUUGUGGAAUGCAUCGCUACUGUACCUUUUCAGUGCAUUUAUCAGGAAAAUUGUAUAACACCAGGACUAUGGAAACAGAUGAUUUCAUGUCAGAUGAUAAACAGGUGUUUACUGUUGGCAGAAUUUGUGCUAAUCGUACCACAGUUUAUCAUAAUCUGAAACAUUUUAAAUUCAAACUGUACCAGCAGUGUUGCUACACUGUAAACACUGAAGAAGUUGAGGAUGAACAGGUUAAAGAAUCAGUGGAAAGAAUUUUCAGUCAGUUAAAAGAAAGUGGCUGGAUUAAGGAGAAAUAUAGUGAACUUGAAGAAUAUCUGAAUUCUGCAGAUAACUUUCAAGAUGAGAAGUUUGAAUUGUAAUACAUAUCCUUCCGAGAAGACAAUAAUUUACUGUAAAUGUGAAGAUCAUGAAUCCUGUUUCUCUGAAUCAUGUGACAUAUUUGUAUAUUUUCUGUGUAUCUUCAUGACAAAACAUCCUGUAUCAUUGAAAUUCUCAUUCUAAUAAUGCUUUUAUCUGAUUUAUAAAUAGAAAAAUAAGUUUAAUAAUUUUCAAGUACAUAAAUGUAUUUUAAAGUUGUAGAACAAUGUCUUUAUAAUAUAUCACUAUCAAGUGAAUGACCUAUUCAUGUUCCGUCAGUUUAGUUAUAACUGUAUUGUAUUUUAAAAUAGUCUUAAAAUUUUUUAAAUUUAGACAAACAUCUAUCUGUAUGUAUUGCUGAAGCCCUGCUCAGGUCUGUUUGUUGUCUUUUUGCACAGUUGGGUAUCUUUACCGUUACACUACUAUCAUCUAAUGAAUGGGCCAUGAAGGAAGCUUCAACAUGGCAUUCAUUCAGUCCCCUUGCCUCAGAAUCACAUUAUAGCUUAUCUGUUUCAAGAAAAGAGGUUUUUUUCUUCCUUUUCUUAAGUUUUACUGACAAACAUAUUUUAGGUCUUUAAGAAUCUUUUGGCCUUACAUUCCAGAAUAAUUUUUUUUUUUUUGGACAGGCAGAGUUAGUGAGAGAGAGACAGAGAGAAAGGUCUUCCUUUUUCUGUUGGUUCACCCCCAAAGUAGCUGCUGUGACCGGCGCAUUGCACCGAUCCGAAGCCAGGAGCCAGGAGCUUCCUCCUGGUGUCCCAUACGGAUGCAGGGCCAAGCACUUGGGCCAUCCUCCACUGCCUUCCUGGGCCACAGCAGAGAGCUGGACUGGAAGAGGAGCAACCUAGACAGAAUCUGUCGCCCCAACCUGGACUAGAACCUGGUGUGCUCACACCGCAGGUGGAGGAUUAGCCUAGUGAGCCGCGGUGCCGGCCACAGAAUAAUUUCAUGAUAUGUGUUUUUAUGCUUUAUAAAAUUUUUUUCCUGUCCAACUGGAGAAAAAAGAUUAAAAUAUUUUAUAUAUUUUUUAUCCAUAACUUCUCUGGUAUAAGUAUAUCUAUAAAUUAGGGUAAGCGAUCUCAGAGAAUUUCAGUGAAAAGCACUUUAAAAGCAUAUAUUUUGUUAUCUGCAUUACUUUACACAUUUGAAUUUUCUUAUUUAAUAAAGUAAAAUAGUUGCAAUGUU